AUGAAGGCAAUGUCUUAUAACUUUGGUCAGGUUUUCAACACCACUCUAAAAUUUUUGGGGUUUCUGUGCUUCAUGAAUCUGAUAGCGGUUAAUUCCAACCCUACUGGGCCUCCUAUGAUGCAGCCUAAUUCCGAUUUUGCAGCCAAUGAGCAUUACGGCUUGCCCAAAGACAGAGCUCUGGUUCCACCGCCCGGCCCCAAUCCAUGCAUCCCGAGAGUCGCGGGUAAAAGAUCAUGGCCUGAGUUGGUCGGAGAAAUUGGGGAAGCUGCAGCAGUGAAGAUAGAGAGAGACAACCCAAAUGUUCGAGCAAUCGUUGUGGUGGAAGGCACUCCAAGGCCAGCAAAGGAUCUCAAGUGUGACAAAGUUUGGGUCUGGAUCAAUUCAAACGGCAUCGUGAGAAAGGUCCCUAGUCUACGCAACUGA